CCAUGUACUCUCUGUGGCCUCCAAUAAGCUCACAAGCAAGCUUGUUGGAUGCAAAGAAAACUUUGGACUUCAACUAAUCCCAAGUUCAUAGGACCUAUGAUUUUCAAAAUCCAAAAUAGUUUUAAUAACCUCCAAAAAAAAAGAGUAAGCAUUUUAUUACAAAUGUUAAACGACACCUUAAAUAUCAAAUAUCAUCAUUUCAAAAAAGUAUAAAAAAUUGGAGAAAUUAUGCGCCUCGAUUGCUUAUUUCUCUCUCGCAUAUUUCUUCUUCUCUAACUUUGUUUUCUUCUCUCUCUCUCUCUCUCUCUCUCUCUUAACUUUCUUUUCCUCACCUCUCUCUCCCCCCGUGGCAUCUGUAAUUUCGCGCCACAUUUGCUUUUUUUUUAGCCUUUCCCUCUCUGCAACUCCCCUCUCUGCUUCACACUACCACUAUACACAACAGAAGCCAUGCCCCUCAUCCUCUUGGAUUAGAUAGAUGGUUUAGGGUGUCAACUCUGUUUAAUUGAUGGUUAGGGUUUCAACUAUCUGGAUGGGUUACUGUAAAUGAGGGAGAGAUGGAACACGAAGGGAGUAUCGCGAAGUUCAGCAAAGAUCCAGAUGCUUUUGCUCGCAUGGUAGCCAACCUCCGUGACCACAGUCAUAAGUUAGAACAGGUUUUAAAAUUGCCUCAUUUGGGAAAUUUAUGCCAUCUCUUAUCAGAAGUAUCUUUGUGCUUGUCGUUGCAUCAAUAUGAUUGCAAGAAUACAAUUUCCAUUGAUAUAUGGAACAAAGGGAGUCUAAUUAGUAUCAAAUUCAUUGAUAUCUUAAGUCUUUCUGAUUUGCUAUAUGAAGAGAUGUGCAGAAGGCUAGAACAGCUGUUCCAUGCUCUUGGGCUUUUGCCAACAACUGUCUCUCCGGAUCUUAAUCAGCAUUAUCCAAAUAUUUCAAGCAUCUCAGAAUCUGUUCUGUUAUUGAGAUGUUGUGUAGUGAUCUUACCAUUGUUAGAAUUCAAUCAAAGUUUAGUCUUGGAGAAAUCCCGAAUUCUUGUUGCUGCACUUGGCAAACUUUGUGGUCCGGAUUUGGUGUCGCUUGUAGCUUCUUGUAAGACAGGGGAACACAUCAGCACCAUGACCAGCUACUUUACGAGUUUUAUUUCCAAAGAAUGUGUUGUAGGUGAUGAUGGUGUGUUCAGCUCUCAAUUGGAGGUCGAUGCAAAGAUAUCAUAUACCUUUCAAGAAGCUUCUGGUUCAUUGGUUCAUCGGUUGUGCUCACUGCUUGAGGUUUUUGCUGAUGAAAUUUUGCUUCAUCAAGAUUUGAGGAAGUAUCUUAUGGCUGCAGAUUCUGAAUUGGACUUCGGUUCGGAAAUGUUUGUGCACAAUGCUACCUCUGAGGAUGUUCACGGUGUGCUGGAAGUCAUUUCUGCUCAUUUUCUUUUGUCCAUAUGUAAUGAGGCUGCCAUGAACAAGUUUAUUCACACAAUAUUCUGGUCAGACGAGUGGGAUUUUAAGAGCCAUGGCCUUAGCCAUUGGGCAGUUAUGACCUUGCUUGAUCUUAUGAUCAAUAUUUCUUCACCCGAUGUAUUCCAGGCACAUGUGUUUACUUUGAUUACCCGAUCCCUUGGUGUCCACUUCAUUGAUGUUGGCCUAAAAGUGGAGGAAUUGAAUGACUCUUAUAUAAAAUUAUUUGACUUAUCGAUUCAGCUUUACAUGAGGCACAUAUCUGAUGUGUAUCCUUCUUACCCUUUUUUUCCAGUAAACUCUAAUUCUGGUUCUAGUGGAGAAAGAAGUAGAAGAAAACCCGGAAGAAACUGUCGUGAACCUUUGCAAUCUUUUAUUCGGACUUUUAUUAACAGGCAAAUCAAUUCUCAGAUCCUCAAGUUUGUCGGUUUCUGCCAAAAAUCCUUGAGCAAUGAGUUGUCUCGAACUUCUUCUGAUAUGAUGCUUGCAUGUACUGAAUACAUCACAAAGAAUGAACAUGUUCUGGAUGAGUCACACAGAGAUGAAAUUUGCUCCAUAUUAAAGUGUGUUGUUUUUAGAUCCCUCUCUGGACCUAACAGGGUUAAUGCUCAGUCAAGAGUGAAGGGAAGAAGUUACCACAAGGCUUGCCUUCUUGCUGCGAUAUUGAAUGCAAUGGGCUGUUCAUUGCUGCAAAUAAUUAGGCUUAUAAGGGGGAGCAGGAGUCUGGGUAUUUUGAAAACGUUGAAAGACUAUCCAAUAUGUAGAGAAUUUGAGACUAUAGCUGGUAUUAUUAGUCUCUUUGGUAACUACAAAGUUCGUCAGCCUAUCGAAAGAAUUCUCUAUGAUGUGAUGGGAAGAUAUCCUGAGAGGCAUAAGAGUACCAAGAUCAUGUUCAUUCAUUUUGUAGGUGUUCUUUCAUUUUGUUUUGAGAAGGGACCAGAGAUUUUAUGGAAGCGGUGCAUAUUUAUGUUGAUGAUACUGCUGAAUCUUAUGGUUUUUGAGGAGGGUAAUAUAGAUGCAUUAAAACCAUUGCUUGAAUCAUUGAAGGAUUAUCUUUUUUCCCUGACUUCACAAAAUAAAAUCUCUCAGAAUAUUGUCCCUCGAGAAUCGAGUCUGAUAAUUGCAUCAAAUUUGCAAAAGAUUCAGAUGCAGCACUUAGGAGAGAGAUGCAAGUAUUUAACCUAUGGAACCAAAAAUUGCGUCGGGGCAAAGGCUGUUGAUGUUCGUAAUGGAGAAGCCUUUCUCAAAUGUAUCACUAACAAGCGAGAAUUGGAUCGUAAUAAGAUCUGUGAUUAUGAUGACCUGAAUGAUUUUAUCGUGUGCAAACCUGGAAAGGACUAUUCCAGUUGGCUGAAGCAUAGAAAGAGGUAUAGAGAAUGGAGAUGUUCACGAUAUGCGAUAGCGAGGAAUGAAAGGAAAAGAAAGCUAUGGAGAUUAUUGACUGGAGGCUUCCGCUCAUAGAAAUGUUUCAUAUGCAAGGAUAAGAAUCUGUCAAAUUUGCAAGAGCUUGCAUGGCUAUGAAUUACCUGACUGGAGUUUCCCAGAGGUUUAUUUUAUAUGCUGUGGUAAUUUGGGGUGUUAUUUCAAGUGGGUGCCCGUAGUACUGGGGCAAAGGCUGUUGAUGUUUGUAAUGGCGAAGACUUCACAAGCAAGCGAGGAACUCGUGAUAAGCUUGGUGAUUAUGAUGACCUAAAUGUUUCGACGUAUCGACGUAUGCAAACGUGGGAAUGAUUAUUCGAGUUAGCUAAAGCAGAGAAAGAGAUAAAAGGAAUAGAGACGUUUAGUAUGCGAGGAUCUGGAGGAAAAGAAGGCGUUGGAGGUUAUUGACUAGCUUCAACUCAGACAUAUGUUUGAACAUCAAGGGUAAGAAUCUGUGGAAAUUGCAAGGAGCCUUGGUAUCACUCUUUGCAUGGCUCUAAAUUACCUGACCAGAGUUUCCUCAGAGGUUUAUUUGACGUGCUGUGGAAAUUUAAGGUAUUAUUUCAAGUGGGUGCCCUGUUAGACCUCAGAAACGUAAUCCUCAUUCAUCGACUAACUUACGUCACUUGGAGCCGGGCCUGGAUGCCUAACUCUGAAAUUGGGAUGAGCCUUCGAAAUUUGUGCACUUUUAUCAAUAGUUGGCCGAGUCAAGCUCUCUGAUAUGGCCGAGUCGACCUGUGCCUCGGGCUUGGCUGGUGAAUCAGAGCCCAUGUCUGGGCUUUUACACAGGUGGCCUACAAAUGAAAAAUCCAGCCAAACUAGUUUUUUUUUUUUUCUGCAAAGGAGUAAGUGUACAGGACGCACCAGUGGGAGCACAUUAAACUUGGUCAAAUGUGCUGUGCACUUUGUAUUUAUUAUAUAUAUGGUUAGGGCAUCACCAUUUCCGCCAUUCAUUGAGGAGGCAGAAAGUCUA